AUGGCGGGAUACGCUUGGGCCGCCGCGCCCCCAAAACACCUGACACCAUCCGUCUUCACCACCCUCCCCGCCUCCUUCCGCACCCUCGGCACCUCCGAGCACUCCACCAACCAGAAGCGCGGGCGGCCCCUCGACUCCUUCCUCGAAGGCCCCGUCGUGGCCGACGACAACAAGACGCUCUACCUCGCCGACAUCCCGUACGGCCGCAUCUUCGCCGUUGACCUGGCCACGCGCGCCUGGUCGCUCGUCGUGCAGUACGACGGCGAGCCGAACGGCCUGGCGUGGCACCGCCAGCGCAACCAGCUCAUUGUCGCCGACUUCAAGCUCGGCAUCCUCGGGAUCGACCUGGAGACGCGCGAGGUCACGCCUAUCAUGCAGCGCUUCAACGGCGAGAGGCUGAAGGGGCCGAACGACGUCGUUGUCAGCGCGGACGGCGACAUCUACUUUACGGACCAGGGAAUGAGCGGCCUGCAGGACCCGAUCGGGCGUGUGUACCGGCUGCAGCACGAUGGCGGGCGCGUGGAUGUGUUGCUGAGGAACUGUCCGUCGCCGAAUGGGCUCGUGCUCGACGGGGCUGGGACGAGUCUGUUUGUGGCGAUGACGCGCGAUAAUGCCGUUUGGCACGUGCCGCUGUACCCUGAUGGCAGUGUCCAGCGCACGGGAAGGUUCGCGAGCUACUACGGUAUAGGCGGGCCGGACGGCAUGGCGACCGACGAAGAGGGAAACAUUUUUGUUGCGCAUUCCACGCUCGGAGCUGUGUUCGUGCACGACAAACAUGGGAACCCUGUUGUCCGCAUAGACACUACUGCAGUUGGAAACAGUGCUACGAACAUGACUUGGGGUGGUAUGCAUCACAUGACUCUUUUCAUUGUCGAGAGCGAGAGCGGAACCAUUCUUUGUGUUGAGUGGCAUUGUAAAGGUCUCAUGUAUCCUCCGUGUAGAUGA